AUGGCUGAAGACAUUUUGAUUCGACUUCAACAUCGUUCCAAUGAUCCUGCAUUGCUGCUGACAUUGGAAAUGAUUGACUCAACCGAUUUAUUUGAACGAGAAUUGCAACGCGAACAGCAAUUCGAUCGUGAUGAAUUGUGUGCGCUCGUACAAACGUAUACUCCACAAUUAAAUGAUCAACAAAAAGAUGCAUAUGACAAAGUGAUGCAAGCUGUCAAUAACAACACUGAUGGAUUGUAUUUUUUGGAUGCACCUGGCGGCACUGGAAAAACAUUUUUGAUUUCAUUGAUAUUGGCAACGAUUCGGUCGGAACGAAAAAUCGCAUUGGCACUUGCUUCUUCCGGUAUUGCAGCUACAUUACUUGAUGGCGGCCACACAGCACAUUUCGCAUUGAAAUUGCCAUUGAACAUGCAAGCAAUUGAAACACCAACAUGCAAUAUUUCAAGGAGUUCUGAAAUGGCUAAAGUCUUGCAACAAACACCGAUUAUUUUAUGGGACGAAUGUCCAAUGGCCCAUAAAAAAUCUUUGGAAGCCUUAAGUCGAACAUUGCAAGAUUUGAGACAGAGUCAACAGCUGUUUGGAGGUGCAUUAAUAUUGUUAUCUGGGGAUUUUCGUCAAACGUUGUCUGUUAUUCUGAGAUCAACACCAGCUGAUGAAAUUAAAGCAUGUUUGAAAAGUUCAUUUUUGUGGGCACUCGGACAAAGGCUUUCGAUGACGAUCAAUGUGCGUGUGCGUCUUCAAAAUGAUUCAUCAGCAGAGUGA